AUGAGGAUAAGAAAGGAGUUACAACUUAUAAUAUAUUUGAACAUAUUAACAUUGGCAGCACUGACGUAUUGCACGUUUGGUAUAUUAUUAGUUGUAUUCGAUGAUUCAUCUGCAGAGACUUUACAAAAUCAUGAAUUAAACCCAUCCAUAUCAGAGUCAAUUGGAGUAAAUAUAGAUUCGAAACCUAAGAUACCCAAAAUUAUACAUCAAGUAUAUAGAACAGAAAAUAUUCCAGAGCAAUGGAAAGAAAAUCAACAAAAAUGUAUAUAUUUACAUCCCGAUUAUGAAUAUAAGUUAUGGACUGAUGAAAAAGCUUAUGAGUUCAUUAAAGAAAACUAUAGUUGGUUUUUGAAGACAUUCGAACAUUAUAAAUUUCCAAUGCAAAGAUUCAACGCAAUCAAAUAUUUUGCCCUUUAUCAUUAUGGUGGAGUAUAUAUUGACUUGGAUGAUUCAUGUCACAGAAAAGUAGAUCCUCUAUUAAACACAGUAGCAUUUGUAAGAAAGGCUACGCCAAUGGGUAUAUCUAACGAUAUCAUGGGAGCUCGUGUUAAACAUCCAUUUUUCCUUAAAUUGAUAAAUUCUUUACAACGUUACAAUAAAGAUUGGUAUAUUCCUUAUUUAACUAUUCUAGGAAGUACAGGUCCUUUAUUUGUCUCGAUUGUUUGGAAACGCUAUAAAAUAUGGAGAGGCGAUAUAAUGGAAAAUAAUGUUGUAAGAAUUCUUAGACCUAAGGACUAUUUAGUUCAUAAGGAUGCUUAUUUUUCAAUUACCAAAGGUGCCACAUGGCAUGAAGAUGACGCAGUGUUUAAGAAAUCUCUGGGUAAUCACAUUUUAUCAUGUAUUACAGUUGGGUUUGUCAUUGCAUUUGCUAUCCUAUAUGGUCAAUAUGUUAUCUAUUGUUGGAUAUGUUCCAAUGAUGAUAUCUUUAGCAACUUUUACAUGGGAAUAUGGAGGACUACUUGCAAUAUCCUUUGUUGGGGCUAUAAGAAACUAACAAAUAAUAGAUUUUGUCGUUGGACGUUAGGUAAUCCAAUGGUAAUUAUUAAUUAUGGUUCUAAUAAUGAUAUUAAUAUGACAGAUGUUCCUGUAAUGAGUCCCAUUUUGUCAACAAAGACCUUACCUACUACUGAUAGAGGAAGUUCAAAAUUCACAUUUACAUUAUCUUGUGCGACUCGUUCAAUUUCUAAUUUAGAAAAGAGUGAGAGGAACGAUAAUUCAAACACUAACGCAUCACCUGGAUCUCAAUAUUAA